AUGGCGCAGCAGGUCGAGGCGCUGCGCGCCGACGGCGUGCACAAGGAGGUGAUCCGCGAGGGCAGCGGCGCGCCGCCUGAGCCCCGCGACGGCACCAAGGUGGGCCUGGCGCUCAUUUUGGCACGCGCCCCCUCCCCGUGUCCCCUCUGUUACUGGGGGGCAGGGAUAUAUCGUGGGCCRGGAUCUAUCCCACAUGCUGGGACAAGCCCCUUCCCCAUUACUGCCCACCACAUCUACCCCGGUGCCCUCACUACCCCACUGCAGCACGUCGUGCUCUACCCCAUGGUGUCCAAGAGCCUGCGCAACAUUGCAGCGGGGAAGGACCCGCUGGAGGGGCAGCGCCACUGCUGUGGCAUUGCCCAGCUGCACGAGCACCACUCACUGGGCUACGCCGACCUCGAUGAACUGCAGAAGAACCCACAGCCCCUCAUCUUCGACAUCGAAGUGCUCAAGGUGGAAGAGCCGGGCUCGUACCAGCAGGACCCCUGGGCCAUGACGGACGAGGAGAAGCUGCAGGCCGUACCGCUGAUCCACAAGGAAGGCAACGAGCUCUACCGGCAGGGCAAGGUUCCCGAGGCAGCCUCCAAGUACUACGAUGCCAUCGCAUGUCUCAAAAACCUGCAGAUGAAGGAGCAGCCUGGCUCUCCGGAUUGGAUUGAACUCGACCAGAAAAUCACCCCGCUGCUCUUAAACUAUUGCCAGUGCAAGCUGCAGUGCCAGGAGUACUAUGAGGUGCUGGAUCACUGCUCCUCCAUUCUCAACAAGUACGAGGACAACGUCAAGGCCUACUUCAAGCGGGGCAAGGCGCACGCAGCCGUGUGGAACGUGGCCGAGGCGCAGGCUGACUUUGCCAAGGUGCUGGCACUCGACCCCUCGCUGCGCCCCGUCGUGGCCAAGGAGCUGCGCAGCCUGGAAGCCCGCCUGCGCGAGAAGGACAAGGAGGACAAGGUCCGCUUCAAGGGCAUCUUCUCCCAGUAGAGCCCGCGGCCGCACGAGAGAGUCCAAAACUCUCUGACCAGGUUCUUUUAGAUAUUCCACAUGUGGAAUGUUUAUUGUUUAUUAAUGUUUAAUACAGAUUUUACUUAUUUGAAGUGAUUGGACAUUACGCAGGGUUUUGACUUAGCAGUGAUACAGUUGUGCACUUAAGUCAUGUUACGCGUUUGAAUUAGCCCUAGCAGAGUGUAGCAAUCGUGGUAUAUGGUAGAAACACGGUAUAAAUGUGAAUCUCGUUGCCAGUCUGUACACUAUGCUCGGCAUCACACUGCCAAGCCAGGAAGGACUGUGCGUGCGUGUUGAAGCCUGCUCAAGCCCACUGUUCUCAUCGGAAUUCCUGCCUUCAGCAUUUGGGUUUUAUACAUCGUGUCGGGCUGUAUGAACCCCAUGACGCUCUGGCUGAGUUGUUUAUAGUCAUGGGGUCUCCAGUGCCAAGUCUGUGCCCUGGCUCUUAYUGCUUCGUGCCUCUGCUCCUCUCUGCUGUAUCUCGUGUCACCAUUUCUCAAGGCCUCUACUCUCAGGCCAGGCCUGUAUUUCUUUAUGCUGCCUCAUUCUGUUA